CAUUCUUAAAAAACCCUUUUGCGGAUAUUAUACGCAAAAGGAUAUCCUAACGUGACAAUCACACACCGGUGUGGCAAAUGCGAAACGUGAUCGGCACAAUGUCGGCCGUCGUGGGUUGGGAGCAGCGGUCCGGCUGAAAUUAGCGCACUGGCGUAAAUUGGGUGUUGUGUUGUGUGGAUUUGGCAAGUGACGAUCGGGACCGGUUGCACUGCGGUCGGUAGUCGACAUCUUGAAUCUUCCCGGAUUUGACCAGUGUUGAUGUUUUUAUCUGUACAUGUUGGAUACAUUUCUUACGUGUUUUUUAAUUCGUCCAAAUUUGAGCAACCUUACGCUGAUUUCUCCGCCAUCAAAGUAAGCUGCUGCACAUACCGGACCGCGAUUGACUGUUAGGUUUGGCCGGAAUAAAAUGGAGCCGCUAGGGAUGCCAGCGGAAUGGACGGAUAAAUUAAUUAUCAACACCACGUUUCCGGCACCGUACGCGCUGUAUUCGGCGGCACUGCUUAACGCCUCAGCAGGCGGCGGUGUGAUGCGGAAUGGGACAUUCUAUCCGGCACCGCGUGCUACCAUGUUUCCGCUGCCCUACCGCAUCAUCGGCACAAUCCUGCACAGUAUUAUAUUCUUCAUUGGAUUCCUGGGCAAUGUUAUGAUUUGUAUUGUGGUCAGGAAGACGCGCAGUCUUCAUACGCCCACAUACUGCUAUCUGGUUUCAUUAGCCGUUGCCGAUAUCUUGGUUGUUUGCUCAGCGAUACCGGAAGCGAUUUUAUCCUACCACCUGUACAGCAAACAGUGGGUCCUGGGCCAUUUCGGCUGCUCACUGAUGGUAUUUACCAAUUUCCUCUCCAUUAACUCGGGAUCGAUCAGCAUCCUGGCCUUUACAGUCGAACGGUACGUAGCCAUCUGUCAUCCCAUGUCCGCUCAAACCGUCUGCACGGUCAGCCGCGCGAGAAAAAUCAUCGUCGGCAUCUGGAUCGUGGUGCUCCUCUACUCCGCACCCUGGCUGGGCCUGGCCGUGACCAAGCCCUUAAUCCUCUUCGACGUGAAAGGCUUGGAAAAAUGCGACUACCGCCUGAAACGCGACUUCUACCUGUCCUUCUUCGUGGCCGACGUGGCCAUCUUCUACUUCCUGCCGUUGGCCGUCUCCGUCAUCCUCUACGUCCGGAUGGGCUGUGUUCUAUACCGCAGUAUCCAGGCGGUCCACAAGACCACGGCCGAUAAGCUGCGCCGCCGCGUAACCAUCCAGGAGGACAUGGACUCCAUGGAGCGGAUGAAAGCCGAUAAGGCCAACAACGCCACCGACGCCUACAUUGAAAACAUGUCUAACGCGGUGCGCUCCCGCAUCCAGGUGGUGAAGAUGUUGGUUGUGGUGGUGGCAUCGUUCGCCAUCUUAUGGCUGCCGUAUCGCGGAUUACUGGUGUAUAACUCCAUCAGCAAAAAACCAUAUAUGGAUAUGUACUACGUACUAUUCGCCAAGACGCUAGUGUACUGCAACAGCGCCAUUAAUCCUUUCCUUUACACCGUGUUAAGCAAGCGCUUUAGGGCCGCUUUAUUCAAGAUUAUAUCGUGUAAACUCGGGAUGAAAAACCAAUCCAUCUUGAAUAAGUCGAUGCGGCCCUCGUUAGGACUACGGCCCAGUACGCUGUACACACAAACACCGAUAACCAGUCGCCGAAUGUACAGGACGCAGACUGAGGCCUGUACUUAUAUGCUUCCGACGGGAACCAAUCUCUAAUACGUCUCAUAUAAUUGUUUUUGUACUUUUGCAAGUAAAGGUGUGUUUCGCUGUGUUAUAUAAAAAAAAGAAUAAAUCAACAACUGACCAAAGGCUAUUACAAAAACGAUUAAUGCAUGCAUUUGUAAAAAACAGUGGGGUAAAUUUAGCGAUACAUUAUGUAGUCAAUUGAGCUCGUCUUGAAUCUGGGGAAGAGUUUCAAAGCAUUGUCUCGAUCAAUGGCCAGUAGAUUCUGGGGUGAUCCUUUUGUCGUACUCGCAACCGACGACGCAACGUACUCAUCCCAGUUUUUCGUCUCUUCUAAUGUUGCAAGCAGUGGAUUGUACGGAAAAUCCGUUGCAAAUAAAAUUCUAUCAGGCUGCGCAAAGUUCGUGAUAGCAUCAAGUGUCAAUGGAUACUUCGAUGUGGCGAUGUCGAAGUACAGCGUCUUUACUUCUUGCAGAACUUGGUCCGGAGUUUUCUUAAGGCGACCUGAACGGUAGAACGAAUUGGUGAUACGCCCAAAAAUGUACGGCAACGUGCCGCCGGCAUGCGAAACGAUGAUCUUCACAUUCGGAAAAUCGCGGAUAACAUUAGACGCUACCAUGUCAAUGAUUGUU